UUGAAGUUUCGACAGGAAACCAAGUUGGUUAAUAGCACCAUGGAGAAUAAUAAAGAAAAAGACUAUCAAUUUCAAAUAAAAAUACUCUAUCUUCUGAUCCUGCUGCUCUUCUUGGUUGUCCUUAUACAAUCGUUCGUCAUCAUUUAUUCACCUCGAAAUAGUAAUAUUCGAAUGGCUUCACCCGAUAUAGAAGAGCGUUAUACCAAAUCCGAGAAAACUAAAGGCAAUGAUGUAAAUAUCAAUAGUGACAUUGCUCGUCAUCGACUUAAAAUAAGAGACAUUUCUUCUAAAACUGAAUGCGGAGAGAAAGACGAAGAUGCAGUAAUGCUGAACGGAAUAUGCAGUAUAAAAAAAUCUGAACUCUGCGAGUAUUGUCUUACUGCGGAAGACAUUUGUAAAAGAAACACAACAGAAACGGAAGGAGUACAAAAGGAAGGAAAAAAUGAUUCUGAAGAAAAGAAGAAACAAGAAAGUAGACAUUGCAUACUCGACAACGUUACAGAUUACCAGAUUAUUCCAUUUCCAAUAUUUAAUGAGAGCCGAAGACUCGCUUUCGCACAGUUUGAAGAGGAUUCUGAAGGAAAUCUGAACAUUUGGCUAAAGGAAAAAGAAAAACCUGUUAUACAAAAAUAUAAGUUACAUGAAAACGGAAGUUAUGAAAUUCUUAAAGAAAUUCAUUUUCCUGACACGAUCACUGAUUUUGGAAUUGUAUACAAUGGAAGUUAUUACGGUCGACACGAUUAUGAACACAAAAUUGUCAGAUACAACUUCCAGACUUGGGAAUCGAAAAUAGGAGAUAAAAUUUUUCAUAUUCCAUAUGUGGAUUACUUGUUUUUUUGCAUAGACGAGGACAAUAUUUGGGUAUUUAACUUAAUAAACUAUCGUGUUUACGUGAUUCACGAGGCGCUUCAAAUUGAUCCAGAGAAUUUAAAAGUUUUGUCUAAGCAAGAAGUUGAUCCUGGAAAUUGUCUGAUAAGAUUUGCAUUUGUUGCUUAUGGCAGGGUUUAUUGCUUCGAAGAUUUGAAAAAGUUAAGGAUUUCUUUUCUGUCGGAUAAAACCGAAAAGGAAAAUCCAUACAUUACUAUUAAUAUUGAUAAAGAAAAAAGUCUUAAUGCUGUUAAUCAGUUCUACAAUUUUAAAGAACAGUAUCUUUAUGUACUUUACGAAUCCUACAAACCCAUGAGUUAUACACUUCAUAGAUACAAAUUACACUUUAAUUGUUCGUCUGAAGAAUGAAAAGUUGAAUCGAGAUGUGUAUUAUUUUGUUUCGUUAUACAAUAUUGCAUAUAAAGUCGUUCCAACAGAUUGAUGUAAUGAAUAAUUUCUAU